AUGAUCGGCUACAUGCGCGGCACCUCCAGCCCAGCGCCGGAAAAGAGGUUGACUAAUGCCUUCUCCGUACACGGAUGCCACUGCGACCCCUCAGUGCGUCCCCAAUCCAAGCCCAAUGAGGUCAAGAACGCCGUUGAGCACGCUUUGAAGAACGGCUACCGCCACAUUGAUGCUGCUGCUGUUUACGACAACGAGAAGGAGGUCGGUGCCGGUCUCAAGGCCUCUGGCGUUGACAGGAAAGACAUUUUCAUCACCAGCAAGCUCUGGAACACCCACCACAAGGCCGAGGAUGUCGAGACCGCGCUAGACAUCACCCUCGCCGACCUGCAGACCGACUACGUUGACCUGUACUUGAUUCACUGGCCCGUGUCCUUCAGAAAGGAGAACGACACCAACCGCUUCCCCCUGCACCCCGUGACCGAGGCGGUUGAUGUCAUUGAUGUGCCCAUCGCCGAGACCUGGAAGGCCAUGGAAGACCUUGUCAAGAAGGGCAAGAUCAGGUCCAUUGGUGUCUCCAACUUCACCCGUGAGAAGAUUGAGGAGCUGUGGAAGACGGCCGAGAUCAAGCCGGCCGUAAACCAGAUCGAGGCACACCCGUACCUGCAGCAGCCUGACCUUCUGGCCUGGUCCAAGGAGAACGGUAUUGUGGUCACGGCUUACAGCCCCCUUGCCAACAACAUCUACAACUUGCCUCGUGCCGUUGACGACCCCACCAUUCACGAGCUCGCAAAGUCUUUGGGCAAGGAGCCCGCACAGGUCCUUAUCAGCUGGGCUGUCCAGAGAGGAACUGUCGUUCUCCCCAAGUCUGUUACUCCUUCAAGAAUUGAGCAGAACUUUGAAGUGUUUGAGCUCCCCAAGGACGUUUUUGAGAAGAUCAACUCCCUUGACAGAAACCACCGCUACAACUUCCCUGCCCGUCUCGGUCAAGACAUCUUCGGUGAGUCUGACCCGGAGACGCUGAAGAAGGCAGUGGAGACAUGGGUGGCACAGCAGAAGAAGAUUAGAGCAGGGCCGGCUAAGCUCAUCAUGGGUAAAAUCGCAAAGAUGGAGUACUUCCGGGUGCCACCCAGGUGGCUGUUCGUAAAAAUCACGGACGAGGCCGGCAAUGUUGGUUGGGGUGAGGCGUCAUUGGAGGGACACACCCAAGCUGUCGAGGGAUGUCUUGAUGCUUGGUUUGAGAGAUACAGUGGCAUGGAGGCGGAUGAUAUUGAGCACAUCUGGCAAAUGUCCUGGCGGACGACUUUCUACAGAGGUGGCCCGGUGUUCAUGAGCGCUCUGGCAGGCAUUGACAUUGCCUUGUGGGACUUGAAGGCACGGAAGCUGGGUCUUCCCAUCUGGCAGCUGCUUGGCGGAAAGGUGAGGGACAAGCUCAAGGUGUAUGCCUGGAUUGGCGGUGACCGGCCAAAUGACGUCGAGAAGCAAGCAAAAGAGCAAGGUUUCAAGGCUGUCAAGAUGAACGGCACCGAGGAUCUCGGCUGGCUCGACUCACCGGACGCUCUGGAUGCUGCCGUUGAGCGAGUCAAGGCCGUCAAGGCCCUUGGCAUGGAUGCCGGUGUUGAUUUCCACGGCCGUGUGCACAAGCCUAUGGCAAAGCAACUCGCCAAGGCUCUUGAGCCCCAUCGCCCCCUUUUCAUCGAAGAGCCCCUUCUCUCGGAGCACCUGGGCGGCAUUAAAGAGAUCAGCGGCCUUACUUCUAUCCCCAUUGCUCUCGGAGAGCGUCUCCACAGCCGUUGGGAUGUAAAGCCGUUCUUGGAGGCUGGAUGCGUUGAUAUUCUGCAGCCUGAUAUCUCUCACGUCGGUGGUAUCUCUGAGAUGCGCCGUAUCGCCGCCAUGGCCGAGGCGUACGAUGUUGCCCUGGCACCCCACUGCCCUCUUGGCCCUAUUGCCCUUGCUGCCAACGUGCAAGUUGAUCUUGCCUCUCCCAACUUUGUCAUCCAGGAGAUGAGCUUGGGUAUCCACUACAACAGCACCGGCCAGGACUUGACGAGUUACACCAAGAACCCCGAGGUCUGGAAGGUCACAGAUGGAUACAUUGAUCUUCUCACCGGACCCGGAUUGGGCAUUGAGAUUGACGAGGACCAGGUCCGUGAGUUAUCCAAGGACGCCAAGGCGUGGGUGAGCCCUGGAUUCAUUGGACCUGGAGGUGAGAUUAGAGAGUGGUAG